AACAACACAACUUAUGGUCUUUGUGCAUCUGUGUGGACUUCAAACCUUGGAGUGGCACACAGUUAUAGCUCAUAAGCUGAAGCAACACUGGUAUGCCUACUGGGUGUCAUGAUUGCUUGGCAGAUACAAGAUAUAGUAAUUAAAAGAUCAAAACAAUUCACAAAUGCAGCUAGCUUGUAGCGGAGAAAGACUGGAAACGUAUGAAAUAUGAUUGCUGAGAUGGUGGGGUGGUGUCGAGGGGUGGCAGCGGAUGGCGGGAGGUCUCCCCGGUUGAUCCACAACAAGGCAGCCGCUUGAGGAAAAGGGAAUUUUUUUUCCUUCCCACAAACUGAACCAUGUUCAAUUAAUUUUACGACGUGUUACAUAAAAUUGCUCUGCAAUUCUUCAAUCGUGCUAUACCCAAAUCAUGCCAAAUACUCGUGCUAAAUGACGGUCAGCUAUAGUUAAAGUGCAUGGGUUCAUCAAAUAUAUGAAUGAUGGUAACUGUGCUGUCAUACAUUAAUCUUGAUACUGAGCAUCUUUGACAGUGUUGUGUAUCCUGUUGGGGACAGAAAGGUUUUGCCUUAACAGUACAUAUAAUCAGUUUAUUACUAUUGUAACUCUAAUGACACUUAGACAUUGCAUGAUGUAUAUCCUGUAUUGUAUUUCAGGAGUGCUGAAAAUAUUCUUCAUUGGUAAUGUACUAAGGAAAUGCAGUCUUAAAGAGCUUCAUGCAGUCAGUAGGCUUUAAACCUAACAAAAACAACUGGAUCCAUUAUUCUUGUGGAUAGUUCAUUACUAUUGUAACUGCUUAGGUAUAUAUCAGAAUGUUGGGCCCAUGACUUGAAAUUUUUGACUGCCACCUAUAAGAGGGGCAUUAUUGGGUGAUGACUGCCCACACAAUGGGUAUAAGGUAACUACUGGUCCUCCCACAGGAUGUGUAUGGGGGUUAUAAUGAUCUAGGGUGGAUAUUGGUUUUGUUAUUAAACUGUCCAAACGUAGAUCUACGUUUUUUCAACAUUUGAAAGUAUGUAAAAAAAGUAGAGAUUUUUUUUUUUACAUUUGAAAACGUGUAAAAACUUUGAUCUACUUUUUUUUUUUUGUUAUACUUGAAAAUAUGUAAAAAAAACGUAGAUCUACUUUUGGAGCACUACGCAUGUGAACGUAGAUCUUUUUGGACAGUUUUAGCGGUUUAAACUAAUUUAUUGUACACUGUAUUCUGACAAGUAUAUUACAGAAAUACUGUGCAUCCUAUGGACUUUCUGAUUAUUGUAUAGUAUUUUGUAAAUGCAGUUAUUGGCAAUAAAGAAUCUAAAUCUAAA